GAGGAGGCAGGCAGGCGGGCAGGCGGUGGGCAGCGAGCUGCUGUGGACAGAGGCCGGGCACAGCCGGCUUCCUCUCCAUUGUGUGCUGAGUCCAGUUCCAGACAGAUCGCUCUGAAGGUCCUUAUAGAGCAGAGCUAAGGAGAGUAAGGAGAAGUGUUGGAGGACUACAUCUUCCCCCAGCCAGGAAAGGUCUGUCUCAUCCCUCAUCCAGACCUCACUCCAGCCCUGUGCAGCAGCAGAAGAAGGUGAAUCUGCAGAGAACCUAAGGAGGCCUCAAGAGGAGUGAGGAACAGUUCUCACACCGGCCGCCCACCCUGCGCCAGGGGGCUGCUCGUUUGCACCACCAAGGAGAGGACCACAAUGCUGGGCCCUCACUUCCCACCCCCAGCCCUUGGACCCAGUGAGGCGAGGCCUGCCCCUUGCACCUUUCAGAUCCCAGAUGGGAGCUACAGGUGCUUGACUCUGGAAGCUGAGGAGAGCAGCAGUGAAGACGGCCAGCAGGGAGAGGUGAGGCUUGUGGACCAGGAACAAGAGGUGGCUGGCAGAAGCGGAGUCAACCAUGGGACACCACAGCUAUCCAGAGCCUCAGGCAUGAUCCAGCCACCCAGCUGUUCCAGAGAGGCACGAGAUGGGUUCCAGCACCGUGAUACAGCCAGCCGUGACUGCGAUGUGGUACAGGCCAGGAAAGUGAUGACAGCAACUGGCAGCAGCAGCCCUGGGCCCAGGGUGGCCCCCAAACCAGCGUUAGGCCGGAGCACUAGCUUCACUGAAAAGGACCUGAAGGAGGCCAAGGCGUGGAGCCAGCAGAUUGCAGCCCAGCUGACCACCCCUCCCAGCUCCAACUCCCGAGGGGUCCAGCUCUUCAACAGGCGCCGGCAGAGGGUGAACGAGUUCACCUUGGAGAGCCGUGGCCAGAGGCCACCGAAGCUUAGCCAAGAGGCCCUCCAAGCAGGGCAUCCUUCGGGCCCCACAGGCCAUGCCCCAGGCCUCAGUCUGAGACCUCCAUCUCCACCCAAGCCAGGCCCUCCAAAGCACCCCAGCCCCCGAAGCCCCAGCAGAGGGGUCCCUGGUCACAUCAUGGAGGAGUACUCAGAGGAAGCCAGUCUCCUGCAGCACCUGGAGAAGGUUGCCAGUGAGGAGGAAGAAGUGCCCCUGGUGGUUUAUUUAAAGGAGAAUGCAGCCUUGCUAACAGCUAAUGGGUUGCACCUGUCCCAGAGCCGAGAGCCCCAACAGUCCUCACCAAACCCUCCAGCGACUGAGGUGCACAGCCCAGCGGCGGACGUCAACCAGAACCCCUCCUCGCCUGGUGCCACACUCACCACACCAGCGUCCAACGGCCACCACAACCAGCCCACCGCCGACGUGAAUCAGAAUCCCCCAGCCACCGUCACCCCUGUCCAGCAGAAUUCACCGGAGGCACAGUGUCCCCCAAAUGGCACACCCGAUUCCAAACCCAGCACUCCGUGUGCUGAUGGGCAGCGCCAGGUGCCAGCAGAGGAGGUGAGAUCCAGCAUUCUCCUGAUUGAUAAGGUGUCAGCUCCAUCAUCUGCCACCAACACCUUCUCUAGAGAAGCCACUCCCCUCCCCAGCUCUGGGCCACCAGCUGCAGAUCUCACGCCCAGCUCCCUGCUCAUUGACAUGCAGCCUAGCAGCCUAGUGGCAUCAGCAGAACCAGAGAUGUCUGGACUUGCAGCUGUCACCACACCCACUAAGGUAUACAGUGAAGUGCAUCUCACGUUAGCCAAGCCUGCAUCAGUGGUCAACAGAACGGCCAGGCCUUUUGGGAUCCAGUCACCGGCGAGUACCAGCCAGAUAGAGCAGAGCCCCAUGAUGGGAAGAAGACAUUUUGGAGAGAAGGCCUGGGCUCCCCCAGCUACCACCAUGGUAGACAGGAGUCCCCAGCCACAAAGGCACAUAAUGUCCCGCAGCCCCAUGGUAGAAAGGAGGCUGGUUGGACAGCGAAGCCCAGUCCUGGAGAGGCGCCCCUUAGGAAGCUUCACGCCACCCCCUACCUAUGCUGAGACUUUGUCGACAGCCCAGGUGGCUUCCCGGGUUAGGUCUCCUCCCUCUUACUCCACCCUGUACCCCAGCUCUGACCCCAAGCCGCCUCAUCUGAAGAGCCAGGUAGUCCCUGCCAACAAGACAGGCAUUUUGGAAGAGUCUAUGGCCCGCCGAGGCAGCCGGAAAUCAAUGUUCACUUUCGUGGAGAAGCCCAAGGUGACCCCGAAUCCAGACUUGCUGGACCUAGUGCAGACAGCUGACGAGAAGCGGAGGCAGAGAGACCACGGCGAGGUGGGCAUGGAGGAAGAGCCCUUCGCCCUGGGAGCUGAGGCAUCCAACUUUCAGCAGGAGCCGGUAGCUCGGGACAGGGCUAGCCCUGCGGCCACUGAGGAGACUGUCCCCGAGUGGGCCUCCUGCCUCAAGUCUCCUCGUAUCCAGGCCAAGCCGAAGCCCAAACCCAACCAGAACCUCUCAGAGGCCUCAGGGAAGGGGGCUGAGCUCUAUGCCCGGCGCCAGUCUCGGAUGGAGAAAUACGUCAUAGAGUCAUCGGGCCAUGCUGAAUUGGCCCGCUGCCCUUCACCUACCAUGUCCCUGCCUUCAUCCUGGAAGUACUCCACGAAUGCCCCUGGGGGCUUCCGAGUGGCAUCCCUAAGCCCGGCGCGGACUCCGCCUGCCUCUCUCUACCACGGCUAUCUGCCGGAGAACGGGGUCCUGCGCCCAGAGCCUACCAAGCAGCAACCAUACCAGAUGAGGCCUUCACUCUAUGCUCUGUCUCCCGUCAAGGAACCUGCCAAGGCCUCGUCGCGUACCACCUCGUCACGCACUCCGUCACGCACCGUCUCACCUCGGGCUGCCUCCCCAGCCAAGCCUAGCUCCCUGGACCUGGUGCCCAACCUGCCUAGGGCAGGGCUCCCACCGUCUCCUGCUCUGCCUCGGCCUUCCCGCUCCUCCCCAGGCCUCUACACUGCCCCCGUCCAGGACAGCCUCCAGCCCACCGCUGUGAGCCCCACCUAUAGCAGUGACAUCUCCCCCGUGUCUCCCUCCAGGGCGUGGUCUCCUCGAGCCAAGCAGGCCCCCAGGCCUUCCUUCUCUACCCGGAAUGCUGGAAUCGAGGCCCAGGACCGCCCCGAGAGCCUGCCCACGUCCCCACCCUGGACGCCGGGCGCUUCCCGGCCCCCCAGCAGCCUGGACGGCUGGGUGAGCCCGGGGCCGUGGGAGCCGGGUCGCGGGAGCAGCAUGAGCAGCCCCCCGCCGCUGCCGCCGCCGCCGCCAAUGUCCCCCUCGUGGAGCGAGCGCUCGGUGUCCCCGCUGCGACCGGAGGUCGAAGUGCGGCCUCCGAGCCGCCAGCUGCAGGCGCUUCUGGCGCGCAACAUCAUCAACGCGGCCCGGCGCAAGAGCGCCUCCCCGCGGCCAGCGACCGCCGAGCCCCUGCGGCCCUUUUCCCCGCCGCAGGGGCCGCCGCCGCGCAUGCGCUCUCCGCAGCCCGCCCGCCCCGCAGGCAGCUUCCGCGGAGGCGCCUUCGCCCCCAUCCCGCGGAGCCCCUUGCCCGUCGGGCCUUCGUCCUGCGCUAGUCCCCGGAGUCCCCAGGCCACUCCGUCCAGGCCUUUUCCCUACCGUCGCUCGCCCACAGACUCCGACGUGUCCCUCGACUCUGAGGACUCCGGGCUUAAGUCGCCUGGCAUCCUGGGCUACAAUAUCUGUCCUCGAGGCUGGAAUGGCAGCCUGAGGUUCAAGCGUGGUAGUCUCCCCACCGAGGCCUCUUGCACCACCUAAAGUUUCCCACCCCGCGAGGGCCGAGCCAGAAGAAGCACCAAGUUUGGGGAACCCCAGCACUGGGACCCCUCAAGGUCUGACCUCAUUGGACAGCCCGGGAGAAUGCGGUCAGGGAAGGAGAGCUCUGGGCCUGGGCGCUGAGUAGCUAGUCACUCAAACCUGGGUUCUAGCCCUUGGCUCUGUCAUUCAUUCGUGUGACCCCGAGCAAGAGCCCCCUCCCUGUCUCUGACCCUCAGCUCUGACCGAUGCAGUAGUCUCCAGACAUUUUCCCUUUCCAUCCACACACUCGCGCCUUGGGGGACUGCUACUGUGCACCCCACCCUUGGGCCUGCACCAUGCCAGGCUUCCAUGCUCUGCCCUCACUCUGUUCUCCAGCAGCCUGGCAAAUGAAGUGUGUGCUGAAAAAAAAAAAAACCUAGGCCAUGACCCAUGCCCAGGCCCUGGCUUGACCACCGGCUCCUGGCACCAAGUCCUAGGCAGGAGCAGCUGUUUUCCAUCCCUUCUCAGACUGGCUCUAUUUUUAACCUGGUGACCUUUUAGAGAGAUCUCCCAGGCAAGCUCAAGGUGCCUUACUGGGCCCCUCUGGGGAGAAGGAGCUGGAAGAUUCUCCCUAGGUUCUGCCAUGCUGCUUUUUCUACCCCAGCUCAGGGUGUCCAGGGUAUCUGUAUGGCCAGGGCAGAGCAGUAUGCACGGUGCUGAGUUCCCCGGGGCUACGCUUCUCAGGAGUCCCAGACCUCUGCCCUUCUCAGCCUGCUCAUGGCAAAUUUGAGUUUUUUCAAAGCUGGGGGGAGGAGAGAUGGCAGCCUUACAUGGCUGCCUCCCCUCCCCGUCUGGCCUUACCUAUUUGGAAAGAGGUACUUGUUUUGUAAGCCAUGGCUAGGAUGCGUUGUGGGGAAUUCGGUAUUGGGUGGAGGUGGCUCCUAACCUCUGAGGAUUCCCACCCUGAAAUGCGUCCUAUGGGUAUUAGAAAGGGAGGGUGAGGGUGAGGGACCACAGGGCUUGAAUUCAGAGACAGUGCCCCUGGCUGGGAACUCAAGAGGCCAUGCCAGGGUGGGCCUGUGUUUCCAGCCACCAAGUAAAUGUGUCUUCCCUUCGGUUUCAGGCCGUGGCCUAGUGUCUACACUGUGCCCAGGUGAGUGGGCACUGCUAUAUUCCUUUUCUUUACAUCUCACUCUGGCCUAGCUCAUGCCUCUACCAGUGGCCUUGAGGAGCUGGUCCCCUAAACUUUAGUGACUCUGAUUCCAAUCCCCAAGAGCGACACUGGGAAGAAUGUAGCUGAGUUUUGUCGUUUUCAUUAUUGGCUGAUUUUAACCCUUGGGGUUCAAAAUAUCAGCUUCAGACUUCGGAACCUGGGGGUGUGGGUGCUGGAGUUCAAUGAGGUGUAAAUAUAUGUAGAUGCAAAUAUAUGUAGGUGAGGGAUGAUGUGAUUUGGUGCAAUUAGUAGAUUUACCCACACAUCAGGGUGAUCUAGAGCCCACGAGUAAGGCUAGGGGAAGCCAGGGUAAGAACGGAAUAGUCAGGGUUGGGAUGGAGUGCAUUGGAAUAAAGGGGAGGUUCGUAAUGCCCAUUGUGGGGAACCUGGCCCUAUGGGAAGAUGAGAGGGUACUCAGCUCAGUUAAUAAUAAAUGGACACAUUUACCAAAGCCCCCACCUGCUGCAACAUCCCUUGUAGCUAAAGAGUCUCAGGCUAGGAAUGCCUCCCAGAGAAGAGACACUAUUAGACAUCUAGCUGAUGCUGGAGCAUGGAUCAGCUUCUACCUGCAUUUCCUUAGAGAACCAGCAGGAGGCAGCGUGGAGAAGCUGUUUCUGCUAUUCUGGCAUAGCGACUGCCUUCUCCCUUAUGGUCUCCUCUAACACACUAGAGCUUGCCUGUAUCCUGCCUCGAGCCUCUUGUAGAAUUCAGAGAAAUAAAUGCUUCCUGCAUU